AUGUUCCUAAAUCUUAAUCAAAACCUCUUUAUUUAUUACAGCACAGAUGUAUUAACUUCUGCAGACAUUGUGUCAGAUCUCUCAUUGAAGAUAAUAAAAACAUCUUGCAGCAGAUUCAACAUAAAUAGAGCCGAUGUUUGGGAUGGAGCAAUUCGUGGAUUCGGACGUGCAUCAUACAACCCAUCACACGACAUGCUUGUUAAAUUCACAGAUGACGAAGGCACAACUGAAGAUGCAGUGGACACAGGUGGUCCCAAACGUGAGUUUCUAACACUCCUAAUGGACUGUUUAAGGACACGGAGAAUCUUUGAUGGUCCAGCAAAUAGGAGAUUUCUCACCUUUAACAGUGCAGCUGCCAGAGAAGAUGAAUACUUUCUUGCGGGGCAGAUGAUUGCAGUUUCCAUUGUUCACGGUGGUCCAGGUCCUCGCUUCCUCUCAGAUAUGCUAUACAAUCACCUCACUGGAAGGACUGACAUUAAUGGAACAGUUGAAGAUAUAACAGAUGAGACCAUGAAGGCAGCUUUACUUGAGAUAUCUAGUGCAGCAUCUUUGGAUGAAUUAAACAUGCUUAUGGAUAAGUAUGCCAGCUUGCUGCAGACUGCUGGAUGUUUCGAUUACCCACAAAGUGUAGAAGGCAAAGAAAACAUUGUUGAGGAUUUCAUACAGUGGUAUAUAAUUUACAGAAACCAAUACUCCGUACAAAGAUUUAGCGACGGUCUUUCCACCCUGGAUGUCAUCCAUGCCCUGGAACAACAUCCAAGUGUAUUCAGACCCUACAUGUGCUACAGUGUUGAGAAACUAACACCUGAAUCACUGGAGGCUGUCUUCAAGGCUCAGCUCAGUGAAGUUGGUAGCACCAGACGACAAGAAGAAACAAGGAUUUUAGGAUACUAGAGAGACUAUCUGCUUGACACUGGAGAACAAGAAACUGGAAUCUCCCUCCAGGACAUCCUGAUGUUUGCUACAGGACUGGAUUCACUGCCUCCUUCAACAAUUGAGCCUCAGCCCCAACUGACUUUUGAGAGGACUUCUAAAUUUCCCAUUGCCUGCACAUGUGCCAAUACAAUCAAAUUGCCAUUGUCCAAAAGCUAUGAAGAGUUCAAAAAUGCAAUGGACUUUGGUAUCCAAAACUCAGCUGGUUUUGGAUUGCACUGAGUAGAACAAUGUAAAAUGUUAAAGGGUUAGUUCA